ACUGGUAGAGCAGAUUGCCCCUACUAUGCUAAGGCAGAACUCCUAGCUGAUUAUCUGCUGAAAAAUUUGCCUAACUUCAGGAUACACAAGAUAGUUCAACAUCCUGACAACUGGGAGAAGUGGCUUCAGGAGAUCUGUAAUGAGAAUGGCUGGAAACACAAACGUUCCCCAAUUAUUUGGAGAGAACUAUUGGACCGUGGCGGAAAGGGCCUUCUUCUAGGAGGAUUCAAUGAAUUUCUAGAACAUGCUCAGCAAUAUUAUAACAUCACAUCAGAUAUGAUGACUGAAGAGAUGUUACUAAUAGCUAAUGAGAACUUGCAGACUUGCAUAGAAAUUGAAGCAGAAGAGAAAGAACUAAAAAGUCUUAUCAAUCCCUUGCACAUUUGGCUUAAUAGAGCAUGCAGUCCUGCUUGUUAUCAUCUGAUCCCGUUAUUAACUAAUGGUGAAAUAUUUGGAAUGGAAACUGAAAUAAGCCUUCAUUUGUUUGACAGAAGUAUUUUCAAAGACAUUCUUUGGGGUAUUGUUAUGGAGACUCAAGAUUUAGCAUCCCCAGUCCUUCGUAGUGUCACUUUACAUACUGAACUGGAGGAGAUUUUCCUUGAUGCUGAUAUCAUUGUUUUGUUUGAUGACAUCCUACAGGAAACAAUCCCAACAGUCGAACACUGUAUCCACCAAGUGACUGAUCAAUGUAAAAUAUAUGGCCCUUUGAUAGAGCAGAAUGCCAAAAGCAAUGUCAAAAUUAUUGUGAUGGGAAAAACCUUUACCAACCUUAAGUCAUUAAUGCUUAUGACAUAUGCACCCUCUAUAAAUCCUAGAAAUAUUAUCACUCUUGCCAUGUUAUUGGAAAGUGAAGCCAAAGCUAUGGUAGCAAGAAAAAUGCAAAUGCACCCAGCAGGAAUAAAAAACCUCAUUGUUUGGGGGAACAUCAGUGGCAAUAGCUUCGUUGAUCUGAGUAAAACAGAGCUAUAUAGAUAUGACAGUGCCAUCUGGGGCCCACCAAGGUUUUUUCGUCCUUUGUUGGAUGUGCUAUUUGAUCGUGAAUGGAUGCAAAUUGAAUUUGUGGCUUCACUGAGUUCCUUAACUUCUUGGGGAGCUCGUGGUUUAGGAAUGGCAUCUGCACAUACAAUCGCUACUGUGCUGAGAUACUGGUACCAAGGAUCCCCUCCUGGAGAAAUGAUCUCCUUGGGAGUAAUUAGCGAAGGUCAAUUUGGACUGCCUGAGGGGAUUGUUUAUUCAAUGCCUGUAAGGUUUGAGAAUGGCAGCUGGGAGAUCUUUACAGAAAUAGAAAUUAAUGAAAAAACUCAAUCAUAUCUUCUAAUCCUGGCUUGUGAUCUCAUUCGGGAAAAACAAGUUGCCUUAGGUGAAGUAGCAGAACUUAAUCCACAAAGAAGAGACAUCCAUGCAAUAUAUCGUGAUGUAGCAGAAGAAGAAGAAGACUUUGAAGUAAAAGUUGAACCCAGAGCUUCCUUAAUUGACCAAGAAAGAGCCUUGGAAAGUGAAGAUCAAACUGUUGCUGAAGGUAAAUCUGUUUCUACAUGCUUUCUCCUCCCAAAAAUUAGUUUGAGCAUGGCACUAGUCAAGGCAGAUAAAUGACAAGUAAGAAAAAGCAAUCCAUUUCCCUGUGACUGAAUUCCAGGCAAAACAUUACACUCUCACACCACUUUUCUUCCCUUUUGGUUGGGAGAGUUAGUAGUUGGCUGACUAUUAUAACUGGAAAAAGCAGUGAGUUUAAGUCAGGUUUGCUAACUGUAGCUAAUCUAAAGAACUGACCUUUUUUGAAAAGCAUUUCCUUUUAGAUGGUUUAGGUACUGUAUGUAUAAUGUAAUAAAUGAUCUAUUAAUUAAUUUGAAAGGAUGAAAUUGUAAAGGUACUUAUAUAAAUUAACUCUAAAGUGGAACGUUAAAAAGCUGGCAGGAGAGCCUUAUCUUUUGGGUAGCUCUAUUAAACUAUACCGUCUGCAGUUUGUUCAAUGUUUGUGUAUCACCGUUAGUCACACAAAUGAGUAUACAGUGAGGCCCUUGAUCAUUAGCAUUAGUAAAGUAGCAUUAGAAACAGUGUUAAAAAGACAAAAACACAACGUCAUGCACAUAAGUAUUUUUUCACAUAUAAGUUUACCUCUAUGACAGGAAAUUGAUUGCAGAUAACCUGUAACAAGCCAUUUUUUACAAAUAUAAACGUGGAAAAGAGAUCACAUUACUAAAACUAACAUGAGUCCUUAUUCAAUCCUUGAUUUAAAUUCACCUCUACUACAUCUGAUAACUAACAUUAUUUCUCGUGGUGUCCAAUGACUGUUUUUCUUUCUCAUUCUCAAUUAUUCUUUGAUUCACAAGUAUCCAUUAUGCAUUUAGUAUUCAUACAGAACAUACACAUACACACACAGACACUUUUCUUGAAGUAAAAAAAGAUGAGCACUUUGUAGAUGAGCAUGUGUAAAACUAACAGUUCUGUCAAUUACAGAAACGGAAGAUACUGACGAAUUAAAUGAGUCCAAAAAUAUUGAAGAAGAAAACAUUGAAGCUGAAGAUGAUUAAGAAGCUAAAUGCAAAAUGGUUCUUUAAUAUGGAAUAAAAGUUGUAUUGCUUUAUUAAUGAAUGCAGAAAAACUAUAUGAUGUACUUCAAGAAAUAUAAUGUAAAGAAGGAAUACUGUUUUACUUUGUCAAAUUUAAUUUGUAAUUUAAAGUUAUUUUGAUAUUUACUGAUGCCUGGCAUCUUCUCAAAGCUUUUGAAUUUUGACUCCCACUGAGUUAAGCAUUCAGUUAUACCUCUUGUUAAUCAUAAUUUUUACUGAAUUGUAUUUCUAGUUUUUAUAUCAUCCAAACCUAUAAAGUUGGCAAAGUGUGAAUAUGCAAAAAUAAAAGCAAAAAUGUGCCUGACCCAAACAUCUUAAAGUAUACAACUUGAAUGAACUGUGUAAAAUAUAUUUGAUUUGAAUUGAUUUUUGAGGAGGGCAAAGAGAUCACGUGAAAUUGAGAUUUGAGGAGGGCAAUUUGAAUUUGAUUCUAGGGCAAACCAUGACCAGUCACAACAAACAUACCACCAGUAGCCUAGCUUAAUUUGCAAACAGGAUUUAGGCUUUAUCUAUCUGUUUUUAUUGUCCUAGAAUAAGAAAGAUAAGAACAAAUUAUGAUUUUGUCCUAUCUUUCUUCAUAAGUGAAUGAACCCUGAAUCCUGGGAGUGCAUAUCACACUAACAUUGGCUACAUAAACUAGGGAUGAUUUAAUUGUUUCUUGUGUAGAGUUUGGGUUGGAUAUUCUAUAAGGUCCCUCCCAACUCAAGCAUUCUGUGAUUUUAUCAUUUGGCUAUUUCAGUAUCUGUACCUCUAUUUGUCAUUAAGCUAACCGUAUGGAUUUGUGUGGUGUGUGAAUGCAGUUUGUGUUAGUUCUGUUAAAUAAAUAAAGUGAAGAUGGCAGCACUUACGUCUGCAUUUAUGGGUAUAUGCCAAAAUACUUCUCCUUGGAAUGUUUCUCAACUUAUUCCUGCAGACAUUAGAACAACACUAUGGAAUCUGUGGCCAUCUAGAUGUUGAUGAACAGUAGAUAUAGUAAAUGAGAAAUUUAUGGUACUACAAUAUCUGUAAAGUCAUAACUAACAUUCCUGUUCGCAUAUAAUUUUGGUGUGUUAACCACACAAAUUUAUUUAUUUAUUCAGUUGGAAGAGCAUUAAAUCAAGUAUCUUACUGAAAAAGCAAGAACAGCAAAAUACACUAGCUUCUUAUUUUUAUUCUAUAGCUUGUGAUACUUCAUUAGUAAUGGUUUAUUUUAAGUAGAGAUUAAAUUAGUGCAGAGUGAAUAAAAUUAAUAAUUUAUCUUAUCAGUUGCAACUAAAAACAUUCCUGGAUGAAUUGAUUUCUACAAUGUAACAAUAAUAGAUUUAGUGCAGGAAACACUCUGUGUGUAAUGGAGUAUGUAGCUAUAUAAAAACAAAAACCUUUUUUCUUUUAUUAUGUGUUAAAUGCAUUAGCUUUAGCCAAAAUGGUAAAGGAGUCAGAAUAUUUGGAUUAACAAGCUUACCCUAUUUUAUUGCAAUAACAUUAAAUAAAAGGUAAUGUUCUAGGCUGGAAAAGGCUUAUAAAUUCAAGGUGUGCUAGAAGUGUUAAAUUCAAAACUACCCUGCUAUCGGCAGACUAAUAUUCCAUGUGCAAUGCUAUCAAAAACCAAUUUCACCUCCAAUCCAGCCUGUACCUCUUCAGCAUUCCAAAUGAAGGCUGCAGACUUUUCCAGUCUGACUGCCAGCCUCUGUUCUGUAAUGCUUUAUUUAGACCUAAUAAAAAUACUAUUUUUAUUAGGUCUAAAUGCAAUGGGUCGCGAUGGGUUGGACACGACUUCGUAACUAACAACAACAACAAAAAUACUAAGAUACUAUGGCUUUGGGAUUUUUUUUUCCAUAACAGUAAUUAGCUAUUUCUUAUAUUUGAAAUGUCUUAAUGUGCUGUAAUUCAGUGACCAUAAAAACAUUCUGUAGUUGGAAAUAAUUACAACAGUACAAGCAUUGUAUGGGUGAAGGUUUUCCUAGCCAGCAUCAAUCCAGUGGUGAUGAGCUUCCAGGCUAAUAGGCCAUAUUUUAAUUAUUUGAUAUCAUGUUGUUUUGUUAGCAACCAUGGCUGGGACCUAGAGCGGUGAAAGUGAUCUGCUCUGUAGUGUACUACUUGGCAGCUCACAGGGAACUGAGCCAGAAUGGACUUCUUGUGUUUGUAACUGAAUUAAUUUCUAAUUAGAUUGUGUCAUUGGAAUUCUGGAAAGCUAGUUUCUGAUUGGUUCUUCAACCAGGUGAAUUUGGUGAAUCCAGCUAUUUUUUUUUAGUUUCUGUCUUUGAAUCUUGCUGAUGUUUAUUAUUUUUCAGUGACUGCUGAAUGACUGAAUGACUCAAGUGAGAUUGCUAUAUGGUGUUUGUUAAUUAAGGGCUGUUUUAUUUUAGCAUUACGUUAGCAAGUUGAAAACAAAAUAUUUGCUAAUGUUCAGACUGUACUCCUGGUUAGUUUAUAAAUCUCAAUAGCUUCUGUUUGGACUUAUGCAUGAUGAUUUGAUAUGUCUGUCUUUAAACUGAUUUUUGUGCCCAUUAUGUUUUUAGCUACUUCGGGUUUUGCAGGUUGUUCUAACCAUAUUAUAAAGCUUUUACCUCUGAAGAUGCCAGCCACAGUUGCUGGGCAAAAUGUCAGGAUACCAUAUGAUUAGAAUGUACCUGCUACUCCAAAAGCUGGAGUACAAACACUUCAAAAUAACGGGCAGAAAAACACUGACAUCUACAGAAUUAAUUUUUUUUGCAAAAAAUCUGUAAAACUGAAAAUUCUUUACCAUUUUCAGCUGUUAUAUUCUUUCUCAUGUCUGCCAUUCAGUUUCUCCUCCUCAAUGCAAUGUCAAAGUAGUUUGUGGGGCUCUUAGAUUACUUGGUUUACGGGAUGGUUGUCCCAAAGGUGCUUUUCCAAGAGACAACUGGACUUUCGUGGUCCCCGUCCCCGGGAAGACAUUUUGCUUCACAUCCAAGAAGCUUCUUCAGUUCUGCUGAAAAACUGAACUGAAGAAGCUUCUUGGAUGAGAAGUGAAAUAUCUUCAAGGGGAAAAAAACUCAAGAAGGAGCCUCUGUGGCUCAGACUGGUAAGACAGUCUGUUAUUAACAGCAGCUGCUUGCAAUUACUGCAGGUUCAAGCCCCACUAGGCCCAAGGUUGAUUCAGCCUUCCAUCCUUUAUAAGGUAGGUAAAAUGAGGACCCAGAUUGUUGGGGGCAAUAAGUUGACUUUGUAUAUAAUAUACAAAUGGAUGAAGACUAUUGCUUGACAUAGUUUAAGCCGCCCUGAGUCUUUGGAGAAGGGCGGGAUAUAAAUGCAAAUAAAAAAAAAAGAAAGAAAGAAAGUGCAGUUGCCUUUUUGGAAAGCACCUUUUGGAAAGCCAUGACUUGGGUGAUUGAAAAUCUUCAUAGACAUUUAUGGAUGAUGUUUAUCAGUUGUUUACCCAUGCUGUUCCUUUAUAUGUAUUCAAUGUUCUAUAAAUAUCAGUAUUUUAUAUUUUGACUUUAAACGCUUUGGCUUAAUCCAGGUUGGGUUGAAUUAAAAUACUGUAAAAUAUUUCUUUAAAAAACUGAAAAUCUGGAUGUUGUCCUAUAUGUCUAUGGAUGGAAUAUGUCUAUAAGCAUCAUGGAUUGUUUCCUACCAGCCAAGCCAAACAUCCUCAUACCAGACCUUUUCCACUGAGCUAUCUUCUGAAUAUAUUUACAGAGGUUUGGGGAGAGGAGGGUGAGGAAAGCAGGUAUUUUACAUCAGUGUUUGAAACGUUGCAUAUAUGCAAUAAUGUUGCAUAUAUACUCUAUUUUUUGCCCUUAAAAAAGAUAAUAGGUUGCUCUGGACAUGCUCUCUUCCACUGAUAAUUGGGGACACUUGGGGAGAUAGAAUCACCUGGGAAGAAGCCCAUUAUUCUGAUAAAGUGCUAUGUAAAUGUUGGUUAUCAGGAUUGGCAGGUUUUUAAUUCUUCUGGGGAAGGAAACAUUUAAUGACUACAUAUAACUCAGAUAGUAGGAAUGCUUCUGCAUUUUAAGCCAUAUCUGAUAGAAAUAGAAUCAUAGAGUUGGAAGGGACUUUGGAAGUUCAAUCUCUGCCCAAGACAGGAGUUAUACGAAAUAUUCAGUUUUGUAAUAAAAUUAGAAAAUCCCUUGCUGAGCUCUUGUAAUAUAUAAUCUUGAGAUCUUUAAAAAUAAACUUCAGAUCCAGAUUUUUUAAAAAAUAGAUUGUAAUGAAGCAAACCAUGUAAUUUUCUUUUUAAGAUAUUAAUGACACACGUUUCCUCUUGCUUUCUGUCGCCAUAGUAGCACUGUGUUUCUCAGCAACCAGUAACUGCUUGCUCUCUAGAAAAGCAGAAGGUAGAAUUUGCUGGAAAUAACCUUUAGAGAGCCAGA